AUGUAACAAAUAAGCAGCAAGUCGACUGAAAGGAUAUCUAACAUUUAGCUUUUAAUUGGAGAUUUUGAUCCUUAAAAAGUAAAUUUUCAAAUGAAUGCAGAUUUAUACUUUGACGAUAAGCAUCUAGAGCAUAUAUCUGAGGAAAUAAAACUCUCUAUUUAAUAAGAAGAAUAGCUCUACAACAAUAAGGUAGUGUUAAAGUUGGAUUUAGUUAAUUCUUAUUAGAAAGAGGAAGUAAAGCAAAUACUUUUAAAAUUAAUUGAGCUUUCUAAAUAAAAUAAUAAAAUCAGCUUGUUUUCAUUGCUUAGCGUUGAUAUUUCAAUCUAUGAAUCUUCUACAGAAAAUAGUCUUUAUCUUGUUACUAACUUUGUUGAUGAUAUCCAUAUUAUGAUUUAAGAUGUCAAAAAAAUAUUUUGUGAUGCAAAAUACAAAUAAGAAGAUUCGUUUUUAAAAUUCUAGUUGUAAUUAAGUAAUAAAUUAUAAGAAUCUUAUAGUGAAACCAAUAGCUCUAUGUAUCAUUUAAUGUAGUCAAGCUCUAUCAGUUUACAAAUGAAAAGAGACUGCAAUACAAAUAAUUAGCUAAUGAAUGUUUUAGGAUUAGGAUAAGAAGAAGGGUUCAAGCUAGUUUUUUCUAAAAUUAAAAAUAUUAAUUUAAAUCUUAAAUUUAAAUCUUUUGCAGAUGUUCCAAAUAAAUCUAGUUUCAUGUAAUGGGUAUUCUCAUUACAAAAAGCUAGAUAUGAUGAUGAAGAAAUUAAACUUCUCAAAUAGUUAACUAAAUGUAUAUCUGACUAAAUAACCUUUAGAUCCAUUUUUAGAGAAUCUUAUACAACUAUGUUAAUUAAAACUUCUUUAAAAGGAUUAUUUUCCUAUAUUCAAGAAAUACAAAUAAAUAACUGA